GACAGUACAGGCAGUUGCUAUAAAAAUACACAAUAUCCACAAGUUUCUACUUGAUUGUGCCUGGAGAAACAAUGUGGUUAAGAACUUCAUCUUCUGCAUUAAAUCCAAUUGAAAUUACUUUCUUUAAUGAUACCCAUAUCUGUAUUAAGCGCCACGUACGCUCAGGAUCAAGUUGAGUUAUUAGCAGUAUAGUAUAACAAAUGUGUAGACUAAAUAUGAUACCGCAGCUGAGCUGAAAUAGGACAAGGCACACCUGAGUUGACUGAUUCAGCCAGCAGUUUCAUUGCUCGUAUCCCACAGCCCCUGACAGGUGAGCAACUGCGGAUAAGCCAUGUACUUAGCCAACUGUCAUCCGUUUAGAGCACUCAUCGGAGCUCGAAACAAAAGGGCUAAAAAGAAGAUGGAUAAAUCCCAGUCUAAGUCAUAAUUUAAACUUCCAUUUGAAGAUCUUUUGAUCGGACUAGAAAAACUAUCUUUGUAAUGUGACGUAUACAGGGGAAUCAUGGAAUGCAUUUUAAACGACGGAAAGUUCCCUUAGACUGUGCAUCUCAUAGAGAAAGUCGAGUAAAUUGAUACUUAAUAAUAAUUAAGUCAAAUAUUUUACUCUCAGUGUAUACACCUGUAUUUUACAAAUGUGACAAAAUAAUUGAGACGGGCUCUCAAAUUUUAAGAAGUGGAACAAUUAAAAAAUGUAUUUAUUCAAAUAAUUUGGUUUUUCUAUAUCUUAUGAAAAUUUCAAUGUUCCUGACUCCUAUUUUGAUUAGGCACUACAGUGGGGAAAGCUAACAGCUUAUGCAAGCAACAAGACGAGACAAUGUUAACAAGUCAAAAACCCUCCAACAUAAAAGUAUUUCAUGGCCCCCCGAAAGAAUUAAUCAGGAUAAUUUCGCUGCUAUCCCUGCAGAACGCAUAUUAAGAUUAUCAACUGAAGCAUAUAUACAUUUUACGUAACAUGAUGGUAAUAACAAAGGCUGAAAUAUGACGUCUCGGUUGGAUUGAAGUAGCUAAGACGCCAGCAAGUAUACAUGGUUAAGGGUAAUGGCAAAAGGAUACGGACGAGUUUGCGAGCCAAAAAUUGGAUUCACAGUCUAUUUUUCACCGGGAGAAGUCAAGUAGAUCCCACAUAAUGUCUUAAUAUAGCACCUGGAGCGCAUCUCAUAGCUUCCAUAGGUCCAGUCACGUGGUUGCCUAGUGGGCCUUAUGACGGAGACGGUGUAUGAUAAGCGGGGCCUCAAGGUCUAAUCUACAUUAAGCACCGUACAUACCCACCUCAAAUCCUGACUCACAGUUUAAAGGUCGAUUACAGAACAACGUUUUAAAAUGAGAGAAAGCUCCAAGCAUUUGUGGGAAGUAAUUUCCUGCGCCAGUCAGGGAAGCUCUAUGUACAGAUGACUGGAACAAGGCCAAUUCAAAAUUGAAAUUAGAUUAUGUAGUAUCACGGCUAAUUAGGAGUGAAGCUUUUGCAUGCAUCUUGUGCCAGUUUUCGUUACAUUUUUUCAGCCUUGCCUUAGUACUCCACACAUUUUUUCGUAGUAACAACGAAGUCAUUUUUUGGUAGCCAGAUUUGUAUCAAAAAAGGGCGUACCACAAACGCAUCAGUUUUAAUCCGAACCGAAAUUCGCUUGAUCUAACCUAACCCAAGAGCCGGAUUGUGCAGCUUCAACGCAACGAUUCGCAAUAAGAAUGAGUGUCGACGAGAAGCCAAAAGGGGUGAUAAACACAACACCAAUACAGGAGAUCACGCAAGUUCCAUGCUCAUCUACCCCACUGUCAGUUUCGGAGUCCGGUCUGUCCCGGAAACACAAAAGGUCACAUUCUAAAACAUCGGUGAAACCUACCAAAACACCGCGUUAUGAGCAAGAAGCAGUCGCAGGAAAAACAAAUAACCAGGAGCAAAGUGAGGAAAACAAACUCGGCAUCUUGGUAAAGGUAAGCAAGGAACGUGGCGAUUCCGACGUGACAGAGCCUGGCAGGCCUUCCGCAAUGGAAGUUAUGACGCCCAGUAAGAUGUCGCAGAAGCAAUGCCUAAGGAUGCUUAAUACGCGUCUUGCAAACAACAUUGAAAGAAUUGGUCCUUUAGUAGCGGAAAACCAGGAGUUAACACACAUGAACGACCUCUUGAGGGUGCAGCUUCUUCAAGAAAAAGAGGAUCGAAAGCGGCAAAUAGACGCAUUAAAAGCGCGCCUUGAGAAAGCACUUCAGGAAAAGGCCAUGGCUGAAACAGACCUUCGCACAAAUGAAGAUCAUGUUACUCGUCUCAAAAAAGAAAUGGCGGCCGGACGUCGACUUUUUGAGGAGUUCCGAAAACAAGAAGCGAUCCUAAAGUCCGAGGUGAGUUCCCUGUGCAAUUCAGCUUCCCUGAAGGACAGCCAAGUAGCUGAGCUCCAGAAAACACUAUCCAGUGAACAGGCACGUCGAGCAGCCGCUGAAGACGCACUUAAAAUAUCGACAACGAAAAUGAAUAUUGCCCAGAAUAAGCUAAAACACGCUAUUGAAGAGCUGGCCACGGAACAGAACCGUUUGCAGGGCGUCGAAAAAAAGAAUGAGAUUCUUCAACAGGAGAAGGUCGCGCUCGCAGCUAGAAUCAACACAAACUCAGAGCAGAAUCACCAUCUUUCACAAGAACUGGCCCGAUUGCGUGAAGAAUACGACAGCCUCAUGAACGCCCAUAACAUGAACAUCAGAAAAAAUUUUGAGCAGGAACUAGGCAACUACGUUCCGAAGACGGAAUACGAUCGAGUGUCUUCAUUGCUGGAGACUCAGAAGAAUGAAAUUGAACGCCUUCGUAUUGCCUCGGAAACUGCUGAAGUCAGACAGCGUGAUUGGGAACAACAGCAUAACAAGCUUCUGCAGGAAUGGCACCAGGACAAGAUGCUCUUGCAUGACUGCCGCAAAGAGAUUAAGACUUUCAAGUUACUUAUUGACCAAAUGGAUUUGGCCACUCCAAAAGAGCUGCCGCCCAAACUACAAGGUAGCAUAGAGGGCGCAGGACGGAAUGCGGCCCAGUAUGACAGACGGAUUAAUAAUUCAUCUAAUAAUUUGACUAAUAGCAGAGAAAGCAAGAGUGCGAGCUGCCUUUUUAUGUAAUCGGUCCUAUGACGUCAAUAUUGGCGCGUGUCUGUAUGGCAAGCGAUGUCUGCGAGACAAUAAUCGCCACUUAACAUAAUAUAACCUUAAUGAUAAUGAUUGACUACUGGAAACUAUAAUAAAAAAAAAUAGGUUGCAUUUUAAUGGAUUGCAAAUUCGUACUAAAAGCACUGUGCAAAUCGAAAGAGCCUAUUUUACUCUACUGGUAUAAUGUUUGCGUGACCAUCGCGGUUCUGAUUAUCUGUAAUAACAUCAGUAAAGAUCACGAGUGACGCCCUUUUUGGAACCACUGCUGUAAAUAGUUUACGUAGCUAUGUGAACUCACGAUAGUUUCACCUGAUUCUAAAUGAUUCUUGCCGUAAUUAUUAACGAUUACUUAGCGAGAGUAAUCAAAGGGUGUUUUAAUCGGAUAGAAGCCUUAAAGUGGCAAUCCUUAGGUUAGAGGGUUCAUAAAUCUUUUUCACACAAACCGAUUUGAGUUCUUUUAGGUUCACCCGACGGAGCUCUUGAUGUAUUCGAGGAUAGCAUAUAGUAUUUUGAAAAAGAAUGAUAGCACGUCGACUUCGAGUUUCGGUCCGUUGUAUCGUAAAAUUGUAUUUACAAUAUAGAUAACCUCGUUAUAAAAUUAUUAUCGCAUGUGAGGUUUAUUUUACCAAACCUAAAUGUGAUUUCGAUAUCGUACUUAGUAUCCGAUCGGACAGAGUGAACAGAACGUCAAGUGAAGAAGCUAGCAUUUGAUCAGCAAUGGCUUUCAACUGAACGUUAACGGAAAAGCAGGCAUUAGGUCAGCAAUGGCUUUCAACAGAACGUCAAUAGAAAAUGCUUUACUCAAAGCGUUUCAAGUUACUUACGGUGGCUCUACUCUUAUCCAUAGGAUUAAAUAUGGUACAUACGCCUUGUUCACCUAAAUAUUGUCAUGACCAAAGUGACAAAUAGCACGUUUGUUGCGGUAUGCAAUCUGCCAUAGAAACACUGCAACACCUAAAUCUUAAGUCGUCUUUUAUUAGAAUUAAUAAUUGCUCUAAAGAUUACAUUGGAAAAUUUUUAUUGUGAAUUACAAAUUGUUUUUACGGGAGUGAUUAACACCUU